ACGCUACGCUGUCUGUUUCCACACUAAGCUAUAGAUGAACUGAUAUUAGUGAAGCUGAGACUCUCCCAGAAAAACUUCAAUCGACGGUACUCCACCACUUUUCCUCAUCCAUCUUUUAUCACAUAAGACAUAAAAUUCACUGCGUUGUUUUGGCAUGACAUCACAUCACACACAAAGCGAUCUUGAAAUGGAAUAAUUAUUAUAAUAUUUUAAAGUUAUUAGCGUUUAUAAUCUUCUAAUGAAUGUGAUCAAUCAUGUUAAGGCAGAGUGAAAUUCUAUGUCUAUUCAUAUUAUGCUUCCAGGCUGUUGUGAGCUACGACCUGCGUAUCUCAAACAAUGGCCCAGUUGUGCUAGGCGCCACCAUUUCCUUCAAGGCUGAAUUGUUGGAUAAUUAUGGACAGCUUGUCCCUGGAACCUACUGCUACAAAUGGAUGGAUAAUGCUAUGCCAAAACAUACUGCUGAGUUCCUGAGCAUAGGACCUGUCACCACUUGGAAUGUGACAUUCCCUAAAGAAGAAUACAAUCCUGGGAUUUAUGAAGUCCAAGUCACGGUUGACAAGUGUAGUGUCUUCAGGUGGACUAUUACCAGCGCCAGAGCAUUGUUCAACAUUACCUUGCUUCUUAACGGCAACAUGGUUCUGGAGCAGAACAACAGCAGCCUUCCGCUGACAGGCGACACGUAUGUGGCGAGUGACGCGCCCCUCACUCACACUGUCUCCCUCGCUCAGCCCGACGACUCAUUCAUAGCUGCAUCUGCCACACGGGUCGUCUCCUAUUGGUUCGUCGAUUGCGUCUACUACGGCAUGUCCACCAACAUGUCAUUCACAAACAGCUUUGCGGGCGCCAGCGGCCAGACCAAGGUCAUUGACACUCUUGUCAUUGUGUCCUACGACAAUACCACUGACGUCACCACCACUACGCCACCACCUACCACCACCACUACAACUCCCGCUACCACCACCUCCACCACCACUGCUGCAUCGCAUACCAAUGUCACCACUACCGAGAAAGGUAAAACUACUACAAUCUCGACCACUGCCGUUUCUUUGAAUGUUACAACACACAUUCCAUUAGUGAUGAAUGUGAGCACUCCGUCAAACUCGACCCACGACGACCAGAUCAAGUCAAAUGACCUCUCUAGCGCAGUGCAGCCAACACCCGCCCAGCCGGAGCCCAGCCACAGCCUCUAUGAGCUCGGUCGCAACUACUCUGGCGCCGGUAUUGUCCCAUUCGUCUGUCUCAAGAACGCCGAAAUACCGCUCAAUCCGAACAACACCUAUGGCUACUUCAGUAGGAGCAUCAAAAUUAGAGACCCAGUGGAGAACGUGUCGUUUGUGGGCACGAACUGGCUGAAGCAGGGCGAAAUGCUGAACAUCAGUGGCAGCUGCAGUGGGUCUGGACCGUUCCGCAACUGCGUGCAGAUGUACCCCGGCUCCUACAACAUCACCGGCCACGAGACCUGCGAGGGCGAACAGAUUCUCUCCGAUUGUCGGUUCGUCAUCAGACAUUACUUCAAGAGAGCCGACGCCUACAAGCUCGUUGUUAUCAUUUCCAACGACGUUUCUAAGAAAAUCACUCCCCUCACCGUAAAUAUAUACAAAGUAAAGAAGCAACCUCAGUUAUCUGUGAUAAUCGUCCCAGUUACUUGCAGCGCUGCCGCUGUCAUUUUAAUUGUAUUCGGAAUCGCUUAUUACAUUCAGAGUAGAAACAGGUAUACAAUAGAAGUGGCGGACUUUGAUUUCUCGCAGGCGAGUGACAUGGAGUACAAGACGUUCAGAGAGCGACUGAGAGAGGCGAUGAGCAACGCGAUCAAUCGCACGCAGGACUAUGUGGAGGAGGGCAACGUCUGGUCGCCUAGUCGAAAGUACGGCAGCAUGCAAUGAGCCGCUCUUGCUAAUCGAGGUGCUGCCUAUCCUGGCCUGCCCUCAUUUAGUGCCACUGGACUAGAAUCUGAAUAUUGUUUCCACUAUAAAACGUGGUUACCAUAAUCUCCAUCCGCUGUUGAGGCAAU